AAGCACAUCAGACGUUAGGAGAGGAGGCUGGACUCUCAGAGAGCUGGGAACAAGCGGCAAAAGCAGCCAAAAGAGGAAGUUUGAAGAUUUUCUUUUUUAUAUGAGACUGAGGUGACAAGACAGACCCUGCUCUCUGUGGGUCAACAAGAGAAAGAAGAUGAAGAGCCAGCUCACUAAUGCCCUCUCUGACUUCUUCUUUGAGUAUGAAACUCCUCGCCAGGUGUUGGUGAGGAACAGGAGGGUGGGAGUGGUGUGCCGCCUCAUCCAGCUGGGGGUCCUGGCUUACAUCAUCGGGUGGGUCUUUAUCUACGAGAAAGGUUACCAGUCCACAGACACAGCAGUGAGCUCCGUGUUCACCAAAAUGAAAGGAGUGGGCUACACCAACGUGAGCGGGAGGGAGACGGUGUGGGACGUGGCGGACUACGUCUUCCCCUCUCAGGGAGACGCGUCUUUUGUAGUGAUGACCAACUUCAUUAUCACUGAAGGUCAGAAAAUGGGAACGUGUCCAGAGCUCCCAGGCAAGCACACCUGCAGCUCAAACGCCGACUGUAAAGGAGGGAGUUUCAAACGUACGGGUCACGGACAAAUGACUGGUGUUUGUGUGAACGCCACAAAGACCUGUGAGGUGCUAACUUGGUGUCCAGUUGAGGAUGACACCUACAUUCCAGAUCCUCCUCUUUUGAUAUCUGCAGAAAACUACACUCUCUUCAUCAAAAACUCUGUAAACUUCCCUUUAUUUGGCGUCAAAAGGAGUAACCUGGUGGAGGGGAUCGAUGGUCUCUACAUUAGCAAAUGCCUUUAUGAUCCAGCGGACGCUCCACUCUGUCCCAUAUUCAAACUGGGAGACAUAGUUAAACUAUCUGGCUUCUCCUUUGAAAAAAUAGCCAAAGAGGGAGGAGCCAUUGGUAUUGUGGUCGAUUGGACAUGUAACCUGGAUGUUCAUAUUAAACACUGUAAACCGGAGUACAGCUUUCAUGGUCUCUAUGGAAACGCCAACGAGAUGGACGAAGUCAGAACAUCCAUGGGCUACAACUUCAGGUAUGCGAAGCAUUACAUUGAGAAUGGUGUUUCAAAAAGAACUCUUCUCAAAGUGUUUGGCAUCAGAUUUGACAUCAUUGUGAAGUCACUGGCACGAAAAUUUGAUAUCAUCCCAACCUUGACAGCAAUAGGCUCUGGAGUGGGGAUUUUUGGAGUGGCGACUGUAGUUUGUGACCUGGUGCUGCUGUAUUUGCUGCCAAAACGAGAAUUUUACAAGAACAUGAAAUUCAAAUACACGGACACUGAAGUGCAGCAGGACAGUGAGUCGCUUGCUUUAGACUCUAAAGACUAUUCCACCUUCGAAGCAAAUGCAGGACAAAUCCAAGACAAAUCCAACAACCCUGAUUCAGAGGCAGGAAGCAUGGAGACCGAGAGGUAAACUGGGACUGAACAAGCCAUGCUGCUAUAACGUGUACUGCACUGGAUCCAAGGGCCUUGCAAAAGAAUGCACAUAACCGACCCCUUAAGGUGAUAAAGGACACAUCGUUUCACCGUUUUGAUCUUCAGCCAACAUCCUCCUGAUUUAAAAGCCCUCAUAUGGUGACCCUCCUUCUGUGACAUCCACAGAUAACCACGUUCUCCAGUCUGUGUACUUUUUUGGGUGUUGCUCGUUUGCCUUUGUCCACACGAUGGGUGUAACCUCCACGACUUUAACUGUGUCUGUAAAUAAACAGGCGAAAAGAUGAAGAUCUGGCACCAAUCAUUCGUCGCAUCGUUCAAUAUCGUUGUCUUAACAGAACAAACAGAAACUGUGUUUGCAUGCACAACUAGAGUCAGCCAACCUAUGUGUGCAUUCGUGAUGAACUCUAAUAAACAUGUACUGAGCCUUUGGGCUUUUGGUGUCAA